GCAAUGCUGCCUGAGCAACAGGAGGGAGGGCAGGAAGCAGCUGGUGGAAGCGAGGGAGGGAAGCCACUGAGAUGUCUCUCAGAGGUAGAUGCAGGCAUAGCCACUUGGGACUCCUCUGAAACCCAUCACAACUGCUCGCUCAGUGCCAAAUCCAGCUCUGAUGUUUUCCCCAAGCGGCUGGGAAGUGAGUGGGGGAAGGUUCUGAGAAAGGGGUGGUCGGUGGAGCUACUCCCUGGUUCGGUUGCCACCCUCACUGCUGCUGCUGCGCUUGGGGGCACCACAGCCACUGGUGAAAACGCUGGUUUCGUGGGCACAGCUGCUGCUGCUGGUGCUGCUGGUGCGGCUGGGAGCGAUGGUGUGGAGAACCAAGAUCCGAAGCUCUUCUCAUGGGCCUCCCAUCCGCACUACCAGCACCUGCUCCCCCCCACUGCCACCUCCCCCAGCUGGUCCCACCACCUUGGCCGCUCCCUCAAGCUCAACCCCGACCUCUCCCGCGUGUCUCCCGCUGAAACCUUCCCUUCUGCCGACUCUCGUUAUGCCUCCUUCUCCUUCUCCUCCUACCUUCCCUCCUCGUCCACCCCUGGGGUUGCUGCGGCCUCUCCCGGGGGACCGGAGGUGACGCGCUCUGCUGCUGGGUGGUCGGUUGCUGGCACGGGGACAGAGGGCCUGGCGGCUGCUGCAGCAGCAGCGGCAGCGAGGCAAGGAGUGGAAGAGGGGGAGGGGAGGGAGCAGAACUCCGGAGAGGUGCGGAGGCAGUUUGUGGAUCUAAUCUCUCGUUGGACCGAGGGGCCGCUGGCUGCUGCUGCUGCCCUGGGAGGCAGAAUGCGGGGGGGCGAGGGCAGCUGGGGAAGAGCUGGGAGGGAGGGGGGUGGGGAAGUGAGCAGGGAUUCUGAGGAUGCGAGGGUGAAGAGAGGGAAUUCGGGGUCCAUGUUUGGGUUGUCGGCUCUUGAGACGCUGUCAGGGGUUGGGGGCUCGAGGAGGAUGCGGGGGGAGGAGGGUGGCGGAGGAAGGGGUGUGAGUGAGGCGCCGUACAGGAAGAAGCAGGGCGUGUGUGAGAUCACAGAGGAGGUGAGUGGCAGCAGUGGUGUGGAAGGUUCAGCGGAUGCAGAAGCAGAGGCAGCGGCGGCGGCUGCAGCAUGCUCGGUGCUGGCAGCUGUGAUGAGGGGAGCACAGCCAGACCCACACGUGAUACCGCCCCGCACACCCUGCACUGCGCAGCAGCAGCAAGAGCAGCAGCAUGCACACAUGCCCCAGCAGCAGCAGCAGCAGCAGCAGCAGAAGGAGGCGGAGAGGGUGAUGGUGGCAGAGAUCCAUUCGCUGCUCACAGGGCUGCAGCAGCACAAGGGCAGCAAGGCGCUUCUCACGCCGCACCCUCCUGGAACCACACUCGGGGCCGCAGAGGCGGCUGCAGGGGAGGGCAUGGGGAGGGGGGCGGGUGACGGGGCGAAGGAUGCAGCAGUGUACAUAGACGUGGGGGAGGAGACCUUGGGGCAAGCACGUGUGGCAUCUGAUGCUGGCAACAAGAACUCCCUUGCUGCAGGAGCCCGUGCGUCGGCCUCUUCUCGCAGGCAAAUGUUUUACAAGUGUGCCAUCGUCACCCUUCUUGUUGGCAUCAUCGUCUGCGCCUGCUUCUUCAUCGGAUGGAUUGUGCAUUGCCGUGGAAUCACCUGCUCUUAG